UUGGUCCGGACUCGGGCUGCAGAGUUGGUGGAAAGUGACAAGUUGAGGGAGGCUGAGAGCCAGGGAGCGAGCGCGAGGAGCAGCAGGAGGAGCCGCCGCCGCGGCCACGGAGGGAGGGAGCCCGGCACCGCAGCCGUGUGCGCGGGGCUUGCUCAUCUGAGUCCUCGCAGGGCAGACUCGGCCUCCGCCGGUGAGACGCGGACCGUCCAGGACUGACCGGCCGGCCGCGGCGAGACUGCAGCCGGAGAGCUGGGGAGGGACCGCGCUUUUGGGGUCCAGAGGCUGCAGGGCGGAGGCGGCGGCGAGGGAGCAGGUUCGAGGGACAAAGAACAUUGCCGACGGGACCCCCCUUCCCCCCGACAUCCUGCGUGGAGAGCAGCCGGGACGAGGUGGCCGGGACCCCGGGCAGAGCCCGUGGAUGUUCUGCGCGCGGCCCGGGAGCCGCCAGAGGAGGAGGAAUGCACCGGCCGCGCCGCCGCGGGGCGCACCCGCCGCUCCUGGCGCUGCUGCUGGCCGCGCUGCUGCUGGCGGCGCGCGGGGCUGCUGCCCAAGAAACAGAGUUGUCAGUCACUGCUGAGUUAGUGCCUACCUCAUCAUGGAACAUUUCGAGUGAACUCGACAAAGAUUCUUACCUGACCCUGGAUGAACCCAUGAAUAACAUCACCACGUCGCUGGGGCAGACGGCUGAGCUGCACUGCAAAGUCUCUGGGAACCCGCCUCCCACCAUCCGCUGGUUCAAAAACGACGCGCCUGUGGUCCAGGAGCCCCGCAGGAUUUCCUUUCGGGCCACCAACUACGGCUCCCGGCUGCGAAUCCGAAACCUGGACACCACCGACACGGGCUACUUCCAGUGCGUGGCGACCAAUGGCAAGAAGGUGGUUUCCACCACCGGAGUCUUGUUUGUCAAGUUUGGCCCCCCUCCCACCGCAAGUCCGGGAUCCUCAGAUGAAUAUGAAGAAGAUGGAUUCUGUCAACCAUACAGAGGGAUUGCAUGUGCAAGAUUUAUUGGCAACCGCACUGUCUAUAUGGAGUCCUUGCACAUGCAAGGGGAAAUAGAAAAUCAGAUCACAGCUGCCUUCACCAUGAUCGGCACCUCCAGCCACUUAUCUGAUAAGUGUUCCCAGUUCGCCAUUCCUUCCCUGUGCCACUACGCCUUCCCUUACUGUGACGAGACGUCUUCCAUCCCCAAGCCCCGUGACUUGUGCCGCGAUGAAUGUGAAAUCCUGGAAAACGUCCUGUGUCAAACAGAGUACAUUUUUGCAAGAUCGAAUCCCAUGAUUCUGAUGAGGCUGAAGCUGCCAAACUGUGAAGAUCUCCCCCAGCCAGAGAGCCCUGAAGCUGCCAACUGCAUCCGGAUUGGAAUUCCCAUGGCGGAUCCUAUCAAUAAAAAUCACAAGUGCUAUAACAGCACGGGCGUGGACUACCGGGGGACCGUGAGCAUCACCAAGUCCGGGCGCCAGUGCCAGCCGUGGAACUCCCAGUACCCCCACACCCACACCUUCACCGCCCUCCGCUUCCCAGAGCUGAACGGAGGGCAUUCCUACUGCCGCAAUCCCGGGAACCAGAAGGAGGCUCCCUGGUGCUUCACCUUGGAUGAAAACUUUAAGUCCGACCUGUGUGACAUCCCAGCAUGUGAUUCGAAGGACUCCAAGGAAAAGAACAAGAUGGAGAUCCUGUACAUCCUGGUGCCCAGCGUGGCCAUCCCGCUGGCCAUCGCCUUGCUCUUCUUCUUCAUCUGCGUCUGCCGCAACAGCCAGAAGUCCUCGUCGCCGCCCGUGCAGCGGCAGCCCAAGCACGUCCGCGGCCAGAACGUGGAGAUGUCCAUGCUGAACGCGUACAAGCCCAAGAGCAAGGCUAAGGAACUGCCACUUUCUGCUGUACGUUUUAUGGAAGAAUUGGGCGAAUGUGCCUUUGGAAAGAUCUAUAAGGGCCAUCUCUAUCUCCCAGGCAUGGACCAUGCUCAGUUGGUUGCUAUAAAGACCUUAAAAGACUAUAACAACCCCCAGCAAUGGACAGACUUUCAGCAGGAGGCCUCCCUGAUGGCCGAACUCCACCACCCCAAUAUUGUCUGCCUUCUAGGUGCUGUCACUCAGGAGCAACCUGUGUGCAUGCUUUUCGAGUAUAUGAAUCAGGGGGAUCUCCACGAGUUCCUCAUCAUGCGGUCCCCACAUUCUGAUGUUGGCUGUAGCAGUGAUGAAGAUGGGACUGUGAAAUCCAGCCUGGAUCACGGAGAUUUUCUGCACAUCGCCAUUCAGAUCGCAGCCGGCAUGGAAUAUCUGUCCAGUCAUUUCUUUGUCCACAAGGACCUCGCAGCUCGCAAUAUUUUAAUCGGAGAGCAGCUUCACGUAAAGAUUUCAGACCUCGGGCUUUCCAGAGAGAUAUACUCCGCUGAUUACUACAGGGUGCAGAGCAAAUCUUUGCUGCCCAUUCGCUGGAUGCCCCCCGAAGCCAUUCUGUAUGGCAAAUUCUCUUCUGAUUCCGAUAUCUGGUCUUUUGGGGUCGUCUUGUGGGAGAUUUUCAGCUUUGGACUCCAGCCCUAUUAUGGAUUUAGUAACCAGGAAGUGAUCGAAAUGGUGAGAAAACGUCAGCUGUUACCCUGCUCCGAAGACUGCCCACCCAGAAUGUACAGCCUCAUGACAGAAUGCUGGAACGAGAUUCCUUCUAGGAGACCAAGAUUUAAAGAUAUUCACGUCCGGCUUCGGUCCUGGGAGGGACUCUCCAGUCACACCAGCUCCACGACUCCUUCUGGAGGAAAUGCCACCACGCAGACCACCUCCCUUAGUGCCAGCCCAGUGAGUAAUCUCAGUAACCCCAGAUAUCCCAAUUAUAUGUUCCCAGGCCAGGGUAUUACACCACAGGGCCAGAUUGCUGGUUUCAUUGGCCCACCAAUACCUCAGAACCAGAGAUUCAUCCCCAUCAAUGGAUACCCAAUACCUCCUGGAUAUGCAGCAUUUCCAGCUGCCCACUUCCAGCCAGCAGGCCCUCCCAGAGUGAUUCAGCACUGCCCACCCCCCAAGAGCCGGUCGCCAAGCAGUGCCAGUGGAUCAACGAGCACGGGCCACGUGACCAGCUUGCCCUCAUCAGGAUCCAAUCAGGAAGCCAAUAUUCCUUUACUGCCCCACAUGUCAAUUCCAAAUCAUCCCGGUGGAAUGGGUAUCACCGUUUUUGGCAACAAAUCUCAAAAACCCUACAAAAUAGACUCCAAGCAACCAUCUUUGCUAGGAGACUCCAAUAUUCAUGGACACACCGAAUCUAUGAUUUCUGCAGAAUUAUGAAAUGCACAGCUUGUUGUAAAUGUGGUACACAGGAGAAACUAGAAAGUCCCAGAAAAGAUUUAUAUUCAAAUGUUUUUUUUGUUUUUGUUUUUAUUAAAGUAAGGUUCUCAAUUCAGCAGAUAUUGCAACAAGUACCUUCUGUGAAGUUUAAGUUGUGUCUUACCAAGCAGGGCAGACACCAGCUGGAAAGAAACGUUGUGGGAUGAAGGCCUCAUCAGGAUGUGUGUCAUGGCAUUGGGAUUCCACGUACUGAAACCUGCAAACUAGCGAAGAGGGAAAGACCCUUGCGAUUAAGCAUCAAACCAAAAAGGAAAGUCAAAUGGUGCUUUGUGUAUUUCACUUUCAGUCACCAUGACUGGUCUCUCCCCAAAAUGUAUAUACCGUAGCAUUUGUCUACCUGCUGUCUUUUCUUCAGGACCUAUGUUCAGGAAUUAUGUUGGUUCAGUUUAAAUUCUGUGCAUCUUUUUUACGGAAGUGAUGUUCAGAAUCAAUGAGGAAGCCUUAGGCCAAAUCUGAAAUCCCAGAUGGAAAUGAGCCAUAAGACAAGUGUAAGUUCCCCGGAAGCCUUCUACGCAGCGGGGCUUCUUGGGGGAAGGUGUAGAGAGUGUGGCUCUUUGUGAAUCUCCUCUGCUGAUCAUGAAGGCCUUUUCUACAUUUUCUUUUUCCACAGUUUACACAGCCCUUGAAAUGAUAUAUGGCAUCCAACGAUAAGAAGGCUAGAUGUGGAUGUUGGAAUUGAUUAUUGGUUGAUAGUGAUAGUUUAUUUUAUUGCAUUAGAAAUGAGGCACCAAAGGAGGCAGGCAGGAAAAUUGCCCCUUGACCUAGAUCAGCAUCCAUGGGAGAGGAACAAGGGUUCCCAUGGGGACAGCCUUGUGGGAGUUUCCCUGGACCAAUACAUUGACGAAUAGAGGUGUGGCUGCAGAUCAGCACAUCAACGCUUGCAACUUCCCGUCUUUGAGUUGUUCAGUGGACUCUGGGGAAGUAGGAAACUCUAUGAUACAAUAUCUAGAUAAUUUAAAGUUUCUCACUUUUAUUUUUUAUUUUUUCCUGAUCUGGAAGUAGUCACAUUUUUUAUCUCAGCACCAAGAGUUGCAACAAUUUAUUCAUAGGAUUAGUUGGCAGAGCAUUAGGACAAAUACUAUGAAUUCUAUUUUGUAAAAUAUUACAGUUGGUUUGUUUUUUUUUAAAAGCAAGUACUGAGUUCUCACUUCAAAGAUACCAUGAACUGAAUUUUUUAAACUAAUAGGAGCAACAUGAUUAUUUUUGCCUUAGUUAGAGGGCGGUAUCCAAUGUGCAUCUCAUGCCAUUUACCUGCUAGCCAUCUUUUGCCAUGUUUAGAAUUCCUAUAGAUGGGUUUCAAGUUCUAUGUAGAAAGGAAUGUUAUGGUUGAUUUUUCUCUUGUUAAAAAAUAGCUCCUUUAUUCUAAGAACAAUGUCUCCAAGUCUUUUUUUUAUUUUAUUUUACAGCUAAAGAGACUCUUAAAGAGACUUUCCAGAUAUAGAGUAAUUCCUGGAAAAGAUAUCUGAUGAGGAGAAUGUAAGAGAAUUAGAAGCACAUUGAUGUUCAAUUU